AUGCUUUCCCGAACAGCGCUGCGGACGAGGCUCCGUCUCGCCUCGAGGCCAAGACAAGUCAACGGGCUCCGGUGCUACUCCAGAAUCAUCCAGGAACACGAUGUCCUCCUCCUACGACAAAAGGGCGCCAGGAACGCGACGAAGCGCCAGGUCACACCGCCGAUCCGAUCGGACACGACAUUCAAGGCGGCGUGGGGUGUGCGCGUGAACGGGUCGGACCUCAUCGGCAGGACGCUGCCGUGUACGAUCCAAGACAGCAAGGGCAACAAUAUGCGCCUGUCGGAAGUGACGCUGGCGCAAUAUGUGACCAACAUCCCGCGGAUGGCGACACCGGUAUGGCUCCCCGGAGAAUUCCCCCCCCUUCCCACUGGGGAAGAUAUACACCGACCUGACACGGGGAACCAAGAUAUACCCGCAUGA